AUGUUGGGAUUUUCAUAUAGUUUCACAAAACCGAUCGUCGGCUCAUAUUCAUCACCGCUGCUGCUGAACAAUUCGAUUGUCAGGUUGACAUCCCUGCGUCGAAAGUGUUUUAGCCAGUUGGUUUAUCGGCAAUCCACAUACAAUUCCCAUUUUUGUGGAAAUAGAAAUUUUCGGACUUCGGAAACUUGGAAUCGUCAAAAAAAACCUCUAACGAUGGCUCCGUUGGUUCUUUCAUCACCGAAAAAUAUUGGUCCUAGCGAUGUGCAGCUAUCCAAACAAUUGAUCUACUGUAAUGGUUCAUUGUUGGAUGCUGUACAGCAGUCUAAAAUGUUUAACGACUGCAAGCAUUUUGUUGAUAUGCCACUAAAAAGAGAUCCUUCAUCGACGUUGGAAGAAUGGCAAAAUCUGGUGAAUAGUGGACGAUUGGACGACCUGUCGUUGAAAAUGUUCAUUGAGAAUCAUUUUGAUGAACCUGGUGGAGAAUUAGACGAAUUUCUACCAAUUGACUUUAAUCCGAAUUACAGUUUUGAGCAAAUUCGUUGCCCACUCUACAGAUGUUGGGCACAGCAACUCCACCAGAAGUGGCCGCAACUGUGUCGAAAGGUUUCCGACAGAGUCAUCGCUGAACCACACCGUUUUUCACUGAUUGCAUUGCCUAAACCAUUUGUGGUACCUGGUGGACGUUUCCGUGAAAUGUAUUACUGGGAUAGCUUUUUCACAAUGAAAGGUCUUCUCGCUUCUGGUAUGUAUCAGACUGUACGCGGGAUGAUCGAAAAUAUGGGCCAUCUUGUCGACGAAUUUGGGUACAUUCCAAACGGAAAUCGGGUGUACUACUUGAACAGAUCACAGCCACCACUUUUGACUUGGUGUCUGUUCGCAUAUUAUCAAGCCACAGGCGACAAAGAUUUUGUUCUGGCUGGCAUUAAAUGGGUUGAAAAGGAGUUGCAGUUCUUUCAGUCUAAAAAGUUAGUAUGUGUUCCUUCAAUGCUCUACAGAUAUUAUGUUGUGGCUGAAGGACCAAGACCUGAAAGUUAUCGCGAAGACGUUGAAAGUGCUAUGCACAUCGAAGACUUGGUUGAAAAAAGACGACUUUGGGGCGAUAUUGCUGCAGCUGCAGAAAGUGGACGUGACUUCAGUUCUCGUUGGUUUUCCAAUGAAGGGCCAGCGGCUGGCAAAAUGGGUUCUACCAGGACAAGCUCAAUCUUACCGGUUGAUCUCAAUGCAAUAAUUUGUGGCAACUGGGAAAUUAUGGCAAAACUCUACGACGUAAUUGAGGAUUCAGCUAGCUCCGAUCUUUGUCAUCGAAACUUUGAAGCAAUGAAGAGUGCCAUUCAUCAAGUUUUUUGGAAUGAAGAUCGUGGCUGCUGGUUUGAUUAUGACAUCUCAACCGGACGUCAUGUCGAAGUCUACCAGGAUACAAAUUUCUUCCCACUGUUUACUGGAUGCACUCAUGACGGUUUCGAUCCCACCACCGUCGUAAAUUAUAUGGAGCACAUUGGCGCGCUUGGAUUCCCUGGUGGUCUGCCAAGUUCCCUUAUAACUUCUGGACAGCAGUGGGACUUUCCGAACGCCUGGGCUCCAACCACAUGGGUAGUUAUUCAAGGUUUAAGAGCGCAUGGAAAGGAUGAACUUGCUUUCCAAAUUGCUGACAAGUGGAUUCGCAAGAACUACAACAUGUGGGUCAGCUCUGGUGGACGCAUGUACGAAAAGUACAAUGUUGUAUCGGCAUGUGUUAAUGCUCUCGGUGGCGGUGGUGAAUAUGAUGUGCAGGAAGGCUUUGGUUGGACAAAUGGUGUUAUUUUGGAUUUGUUAUUAACAUAUGGAGCGCAACUGAGUUAUCGCCCUGAAGAUAUGUACACAGACUGCAAGUGCUGUCAUCCGGCUCUACCGGAGAUUCCGUGUAAACUUCAAUAA